UGUGAAAAGCACAUUUCGCUCCACCCAAUGUACAUCGAGAUCUGUUGCAAUGAUCUUCAAACAUUGAUGGUUAAAAAUUGUCUUACAUUAUUGCACAAACAUUGUUUUUUCACAGAAAUUAUUUUCCAUAACCAUGAAGUAGGACGAAACUAAUCAUCAUUUAGUAGUACCGAGAAAUAAAGUUGCGAAUACAAACGAAAACCAGCGAGAUGAUGCAGCUAAGAGUGAAUGUACCAAAGAUACUAGUACACUUUAUGCUAGCCUUGAACAUCCUAAAAUCAGAAGUAGCAUGGGCCAGUGAAAACACUCACUAUCAACCACCUCUGGAGUGUUAUGAUCCCUACGGCAGACCACAGCGUUGUGUUCCUGAGUUCGAAAAUGCUGCAUAUCAAGUAGAAAUUGAAGCUACCAACACAUGUGGAGAGGAUGGAGAUAUCAACUUUUGUGUUCAGACUAAUCGGAAAAGUUGUGACGACUGCAGGAGAGGCCAACAUGCGCCGCAUUUCUUGACAGAUCUGCAUGAUCCAUCUAACCCAACAUGGUGGCAAUCGGAAACUAUGUUUGAGGGCAUUCAAUAUCCCAACCAAGUUAAUCUUACUUUGAAGCUAGGUAAAUCUUUCGACAUAACGUACAUUCGACUGGUGUUCUACUCUCCGCGACCUGAAUCAUUUGCCAUCUACAAACGGGUUACUCCCAACGGUCCAUGGAUCCCGUAUCAGUAUUACAGUGCCACCUGUCGAGAUACCUAUGGGCUUCCGGAUUCCGUCUCAGUGAUGAAGGGUGAAGAUGAGUCCCGUGCCCUGUGUACCAGCGAAUACAGUGACAUCUCACCACUCCAUGAUGGCAAUAUUGCCUUUUCAUCUUUGGAAGGGCGUCCGAGUGCUUUUAAUUUUGACCACAGCUUAGAAUUGCAGCAAUGGGUUAGUGCCACUGACAUUCGUAUAACACUUGAUCGUUUGAACACAUUCGGUGAUGAAGUAUUUGGAGAUGCACAAGUAUUGAAAUCGUACUUCUAUGCUAUAACGGAUAUUGCUGUCGGUGCUAGAUGUAAAUGCAACGGUCACGCCAGCGAAUGCAUAACAAGCACUAAUCCGAGCGGACAACGAACUAGAGUGUGCCAAUGCCAACAUUUCACUGAUGGUCCAGAUUGUGAAAAGUGUCUACCAUUCUAUAACGAUGCUCCAUGGGGACGGGCAACGACCAAAAACGUUCAUGAGUGCAAACCAUGUAACUGUAACGGAUAUUCAACCAAAUGUUUCUUUGAUCGUCAAUUGUACAAUCUUACUGGCCAUGGAGGUCACUGUAUCGAUUGUGGUGCAAACCGUGAUGGACCAAAUUGUGAACGGUGUAAAGAAAAUUUCUUUAUGCGCGAGGACGGAUACUGUAUUAACUGUGGAUGUGAUCCUACUGGAUCUCGGUCACUUCAAUGUAAUGCUGAAGGAAAGUGUCAAUGUAAACCGGGUGUUACUGGCGAAAAAUGUGAUCGAUGUGAUAAUAAUUUCUAUAACUUUGGCCCACAUGGUUGUCAACCUUGUAACUGUGAUGUGAGAGGCUCAUUUGAUAACACACCAUCGUGUGAUCCAAUCAAUGGAAUUUGUUCGUGCAAAGAAAAUGUUGAAGGACGCCAUUGUCGAGAGUGUCGCCCGGGAUACUUUAAUUUGGAUCUGGAAAAUAACUUUGGUUGCACACCAUGCUUCUGUUACGGACAUACUAGUGAAUGCACAAGUGCUACAGGAUAUUCGAUAGUGUCUACCACUUCCAACUUCAACAAACAUAAAGAAAAGUGGGCUGCUGUUACUGCAUCAGGCCACUCAGUCGACGUUAAAUAUAACUCCAAAACUCAAAGCAUCGGAGUUAGUGCUCAGGGUUAUGAACCAGUUUACUUUACAGCACCAGAAAGAUUCCUCGGUGAUCAGCGGGCUUCAUAUAACAGGCUUUUGAAAUUCCGCCUGCAGCUUGCAGGCCAAACUCGUCCAGAUGUCAGUACCUAUGAUGUAAUACUCCAGGGUUCUAAUAGCAGCAUUUCGCUGCCAAUUUUCGCACAAAAUCAACCCAUGCCUGACGACGAGUACAAAGAGUUUGCCUUCAGACUUCAUGAACACCCCGAAUAUUCGUGGCAACCAUCAAUGUCUGCACGAGGUUUCAUGUCCAUUUUAAGCAAUCUUACAGCAAUCAAGAUUCGUGCUAUUUAUUCGGAUUACGGUGAAGCCUUUUUAGAUGACAUUGAACUUCAAACUGCUCAUCGCGGUGCUGCCGGGCGACCUGCAACUUGGAUAGAACAGUGCACAUGUCCAGAAGGAUAUCUUGGCCAGUUUUGUGAGUCGUGUGCUCCAGGAUACAGACACAAUCCAGCUCUCGGAGGACCAUUUAUGCCGUGUAUUCCUUGCGACUGCAACAAGCAUGCGGAAAUAUGUGAUUCAGAAACCGGAAGAUGUAUCUGUCAGCAUAACACUGCCGGCGAUACAUGUGACCAGUGUGCCAAGGGAUAUUAUGGUAAUGCGUUGGGAGGAACACCAUAUGAUUGUAAACGUUGUCCAUGUCCGAAUAAUGGAGCCUGUAUGCAAAUGGCCGAUGAUUCAGUUAUUUGUUUGGAAUGUCCAGUUGGAUAUUUUGGAUCAAGGUGCGAAUUGUGCUCCGAUGGGUAUUACGGCGAUCCAACCGGUGUUCAUGGAUCAAUCCGUAUGUGUCAACAAUGUGACUGUAACGGUAACGUUGAUCCAAAUGCUGUCGGUAAUUGCAAUCGAACAACCGGUGAAUGCUUGAAAUGUAUUCAUAAUACAGCUGGUCUGCACUGUGACCAAUGUUUACCAGGUCACUUCGGAGAUCCAUUCGCUUUGCCACAUGGAAACUGCGAGGAGUGUAGCUGUUACCCAAGAGGAACCGAACAAACUGAAAAGGGAAUUUCGAUUUGCGAUUCUAUCAAUGGAAAUUGUCAAUGUAAGCCCAAUGUCGUCGGUCGGAAUUGUAAUGAAUGUAAGCAUGGCUUUUGGAACAUCAUUUCCGGCAACGGAUGUGAAAGCUGUAACUGCGACCCGAUAGGCAGUUUUAACGCCUCUUGUGAUACAUACACGGGAGAAUGCUACUGUAAACCUGGCAUUGUUGGUAAAAAAUGUGACAAAUGUGCUGCAGCUCAUUACGGAUUCUCUCUGGAAGGAUGUAAGUCUUGCGAUUGCGAUCCUAGUGGCUCGAAGGGCUCUCAGUGCGACCAGUAUGGCCAGUGUCCUUGUAAUGACAAUGUUGAAGGUAAACAUUGCGAUCGCUGUAAGGAGAACAAAUAUGACCGCCAUCAGGGUUGUUUGGACUGUCCUGCGUGUUAUAAUUUGGUACAAGAAGCAGCCAAUGAACACCGUGCAAAGCUUGCAAAUUUAAACAAAAUCCUACAGGACAUUCAAUCAAAACCAAUCGUUAUUGAUGAUAACGAGUUUGUCUCUAAGCUGAGUGCCGUACAGGAUAAAAUUAAUAUUUUAGUUGAAGAUGCCAAAAGUGGUUCUGGUGGUGGUGAGAAAACCCUCAAUGAAAUGCUCCAAGAUUUGGAGAAACGUUUAGAAGCAGUCCGAGAAUUACUGAACAAAGCUGAUCAGUCACAAGAAACUACAGAUUAUAAAAUAAGCAAAGGAACACGCAAUGCCACAAUUGCCAGUUCGCAGAUUCAAGAGGCUCGUCGUGAAUUGGAAAGUGCAAAUGAUUUGCUUCAAACUGAUGGAAACGCCGCUCUUCACAAAGCGCGCGAAAGUUCUGGUCGUUUAGGAAAUCAAACGAAUCAAAUAAGUGGUAUUUCUAGAGACGCUCGUCAGUAUGCUGAUCAGUUUAAAAAAGAAGCAGAGGAUAAUAAGAAACAGGCUCAAGAAGCAUUAGAAAAAGCUACCAAAGCGCACAAUUUUGCCAAGAGUACAAUCAAUCUACAAGCCAAUAUAAGCGAAGGUUUUAGAGCAAAUAUAUCAAGCGAAAUUCAACAAGCAAAAGAAAAGUUGAGCACAGUGUCAAAACUCACCGAACAAGCCUUGUUGAAAGCGAAUGAGGUAUACGACGAAGCUCUAUCUUUGUUCGCCGCCGUCAACAGCGUUGAACCCCCUAGUAUAGAUAUUGACCACAUUAAGAAAGAGUCCAAUAAAUUCAACAAAGAGGCCGAUAAAAUAACCGCUGACCUGGAUAAAACCAUCGACGAUCAUUCGGCUUUGCUGACGGAUGUAAGCGAAAAUAUUGAGCUUGCCAACACAUUGCUUGAACGCGCUGAAUCUCAAAAAGACGAUGCUGUCAAAACCGUAGAGGACUUAGAAUAUGCCAAAGAGUUGGCUGAAAAGGCAGUUGCUGAAGGCGAUGGUACUCUGAAGAAAGCCAAUUUCACCUACCAUACUCUAUCUGGAUUUAAGAAUCAAGUAGAAGAAUCCAAACAAAAAUCAGCUGAUGCCUUGGAAUCGGAACCAAGUAUAAGAAGGCAAAUUGACAAUGCUAUCGAGCUGAUUAAAAACUCAGAAGCCGCCUUGCGGAGUGCUAAUCAAAAUGCUGUUGAAGCUCGUGGUAAUGCUCAAUCAGCACAAAAGAAAUAUGCAGAAGAAGCAUCCAAGCUGGCAGAUAACAUCAAAAAAAGAGCGAAUACCACCAAAAAUACGGCUCGCGACUUACGACAUGAAGCUGAUCAGUUGAAUGGAAGGUUGGCUAAAACUGAAAAUAGCCUUGCAGAACGAGAGGCAAGCAUUCGUAAAGAUUUCAAUCUCACAAAAGAAGCUAAGGAAAAGGUAGGACAAGCACAGCUAACCUCAAACGAAGCUAAAUCUCAAGUGGAAAAGGCAAUGAAGGAGGUCAAAGCAAUUAUCGACGAGUUGGCGGAUUUGAGAGACAUUGAUGUAAAGUCACUAAAUGCUUUAGAUGAACGUCUCACUGCUGCCGAAAAGGAAUUGGAAGAUGCCCAACUCACCAAUAAACUAUAUAUUUUGAACGAAUCGAAAAACAUUCAGACUCAAAAUAUAAAAAGUUAUCAACGAGAAUUGGCAGAGUUGGAGGCUGAAGUUGCAAAUAUCAAAAUGAUCGCUGAUUCGCUUCCACCUGACUGCUAUAAGCGAACACGAUUAGAACCAUGAAGAAAUAAUCUUCAAAAACAUGCCUCAAAUUCUGAUCGUUUGACUCAACCUGGAAUUUAUUAUCGAAACAACGAACAAAUAUGAAAGUCGUAUUGAAAACAAAAGAUUAUUUUUACCAGCCAGUCAAUGAGUUCAUUUCCUUAUGUGCCAAUUCAUCAAACUUACAAAAUUUAGCUAUAAUAUUUCUAGACAUUAUAUUAAAACUAAUAACUGGUGCUCUUUAACCCAGUUACUUAACGCAAUAUUUUAUUAUAUGCUCUUUUCGAAUGUGUUUGCCAAUAAAUCAAAGCUCGAGUAAGAA